UCUGUUAGAGAGCAGGCUAAAAUGCUCCCCCUCUGUUUGGAAUGGUACAGUCCGCUUCUCUGCUCUCUCUCGCCGGCGCUGCCACAUCGCUGGGUCCGUUAUCUUCACAGCGGCUCUCGCCAGCGGGAGGAAUCGCCGUGUCACCCUCGUUAACUCGCUUAAUGAUGUAAAAUGAAGAAGCUGACUUAAAACGGGAACCUCGGAUGCGAUUAAUGCCGUUUUUGAGACAUGACAUCUUGUGUUUGUGCUCGAGGAGUUGGAUGUAACGUGUCAUGUCGGCGCGAGCGCGAUGGUCACACUCGGGAAGUGUGAAGGUGUCGCGAGACGACAAUAAAUAUCAUCUGUGUGCUGUGAUGAACCGCAGCGUGGACCGAGAUCGACACUGAUCCUCUUUGAGAAAACACCGUGGAUCUAAGAAGGACAUCGAUAUUUGUCUUUUGGGUUCAGCUCUAUGAGUGCUCAUCCAUACGUUGACUGAUUCUAAGACGUUCCAUAACGUAAACUACUCGUCAUAGGUGCUUUAAAGAUCUAAUUGUGAUCAGAUUUACGGAAUCCUUCCUUUGACAUUUCAAUAAAACUGUUAUAAUCAUAUAAUAGACCUUCUACACCUGUGACGCCAUAAGACUCUGCAUUUAACCCCUGCUGAAAUGCUGGACUCAAAAACGAAGGACCUGUGCCGUAUCUGCGCCCGGGAGCUGUACGGUAACCAGCGGCGAUGGAUCUUCCACCCGGCGGCCAAGCUGAGCCUGCAGGUUCUGCUGUCUCACGCGCUGGGCAGGGAGCUGACCCGGGACGGGCGCGGAGAGUUCGCUUGCAGCAAGUGCACCUUCAUGCUGGACCGCAUGUACCGCUUCGACACUGUGAUUGCCCGUGUAGAGGCACUCUCCAUCGAGCGCAUGCAGAAACUCCUUCUGGAGAAAGAACGGCUUCGGCAGUGCAUCGGUGGACUCUACCGCAAGAAUAACGCUGAUGACUUUGGUGCCGGAUUGGCCGGUGGCACCGCAGAGGCCUCGGUUGUAGACAUAUCUGGCUUAUCUGAUUCUAAGUACAGCUCACUCAUAGAAGACGAUCUGACGUACUCUGUGUACGAAUCCUGGGCUGAGCAUGAAGCUCUGGAUCACCACCAGCAGGCCGUGCAUCACCACCACCAGUGCCAUGCCGGGUCAGAAUCCAGCUCAGCACAGCGUUCCAGGAAGUGCAGGGGAUGUGCCGCGUUGCGGGUGGCCGACUCCGACUAUGAAGCCGUCUGCAAGGUGCCCAGGAAGGUGGGCAGAAGCACCUCGUGUGGACCCUCAACUCGAUGUUCUGCCAGCAUUCUGGGCAGCACAGAGGUAGCUUGCCCUGACCCAGCCCUGAUGCCUCUAGAGCCAGAUACUCAGUCAUCAAGCCUGACCGAGGUCAAUGAGAGUGCACAAGUCUGUGAGGCAGAGCACAGCAGUAUCAGCCCAGCAACAUCUGUGGAGUCACUGGACACUGCAGUUGACGUGAGUCAGCCUUGCACGGCAGUCCAUGCGGACCUUGUGCAGGGGGAUAUAGAAGAAGAGAAGGUCGUGAUCCAAAGGCCUGAGAAAGAGCAGAACCUCAGAACUGGCUGUGGAGGUGGACUAGAGCUAGCUCUCAGUCUGGUCAAGAGUUUUGAGUGUCGUCCAGUCCAGGUCCCACGAGGCAGCCGGCUGCCUGUGCCUAUCAAGCCUGCCGCCACUCUCCCAGAGGGACCUCUCUCUUUGCUCCAGGUUCCUCAAGCAGGAACAGAUUGUUCUUUCUCCCCUCAAACCAUUGACGUAGUUUCUUCCAGCAUCCAGCAGGAGCUGCAACUGGAGCUGUCUGAAAUGGAGGAGCUUUGGCUGGAUGAUUAUGUGCAGUGUAGGCCUCUGGGCAUCCAGAAGAAGCUCAUUGGUGAGCAGCAGGCUCAGCUGGUACAGUAUGAAAGUGCAGCGGGUCAGUGUGUGAGUGAGCUGCAGAAGGCCCAGCUUCAGGUCCAGUCCCUUCAAACUAAGAUCAGAGAGAGCGAAGUCAGCAACAAGAAGCUACAGCAGAGACUUAUGGAGAUGGAAUGUGAACUGCGCUCUGUCCGAGAGGCGGCACACGGACAGGAGAGAACGAUUCAGACCCUGAGUGACUCUCUUAACACCAAAGACAUCGAGGUGGCUGAUCUCCAGCAGCUCAUUGAGGAGCAGAAGGAGCUUUUAUGCUCUAUGCAGCGGCAGAACCAGCAACACCAACUGCAGCAGCUACAUAUGCCUGGGGCAGCUCCAGGCCAGCUGCAGGCUGAGCUUCUAGAACUCCAGGCUUCUCAGUUCUCAUCUCAGCUUGAGCUGCAGCACAUCCAGAGAAGCCAGCGCCAGGCCCAGAGGAGAGAGGAUGACCUGACUCACACAAACCAGCGUCUCCUCACAGACCUCCAGGGCGCACUACAUCACCGCCAGGAGACUGAGAAACACAACCAGGAACUGCUUGCUGCUCUUCAAAAAGCACGCUUUGACCUGCAGCAGAUGGAGGAGAAGUGGAAAGAGGGAGUGAGGCAAAAGGAGAGGGAGGUGGAAGAAAGAGAGAGGAGUAUAAGAGAAUUGAAGACCUCUCUGCAGCACAAAGAACAUCUGCUACAGGACUACAGCGAGUUGCUGGAUGGGCAGAAAGAAACUGGUGGAAACAGAGACAUCCUCAUUCAUAAACUGAAGCAGCGUAUUCAGGAGAGAGACCGAGCACUUGAGCGUGCUGUAGACGAGAGGUUUGUGUGUGUGGAGCAGAAAGAGGAUGAAAUACGCAAACUGCAGCUGCUCCUCCGAGAGAAAGAGAGAGACAUGGAGAAACUGCGCUGCGUGCUGUCCAGCAACGAGGAGACCAUUACGAGUCUGGAGGCGCUGCUGCGCGGUAAGGCUCUAGAGCUGGAGCAGGUGAGUGAGGCCUGGAGAUGCAGCCAGCGGGAUCAGCGUGAGAGCGAAGAGACAGACACCCGCAGUCUGAGAGAGAGAGACACACUGAUCACCCAGCUCCAGACUGCCCUCCACACACGCACCAAAGAGACUGAGGAGCUGACAGCAGCUCUGCUCAGUAAGGUGUCUCUGGGCUCCACUGAAAUCAUGGAGGAGCUCAGGAGUCGGCUGCAGUUGAAGGAGCGACUCUUUCAAGAGCUGCUAGCGGACCGCAGCCGGCAGGCCCAGGAGCACCAUGCACACGUCCAGGAGUUGCUCGGCGUAAUCGACACUAGGGACCAGUACAUCAAGGAUUCCUCAGAGCGUAUGGGUCAGGUGAUGUCUGAGCAGGUGGCCCGGCUGCAGGAGCUGCGCAGACAAGUGGUGUCAGCAGGAAAUGCAUCGCAGAGCACAUCAGACCACUCUGCGGACACUCAGAGCCUUCAGGAAGAGCUCCGGCUGGUUCUUGCCAAAGAGAAGGAGGCCCAGAGUGAGAUGUCUGCUCUACGCUCCUCCUUGGCCAUCAACCAGAACCAAAUCCAGACCCAAGCUUCUGAAUUGGAGGCUUUGAACCGAACCAUGUGCAUCAAAGACGAGAUCAUCAAGGAUCUGCAGAUGCAGCUGGUGGAGUCCUCUGAUCUCCCACUGGUGGAGAAACUGACUCAGGAGCUGCAGGAGCUCAGAGAGAGAGAUUUACUUCAGGAGCCCUCCUGUCCCAACCAUAAGGGUAGCACGGAGCGUCUGGCAUCAAUGGAGACUGAGCCGACAGCCACAUCUCAGGCUGAUACUGGAGACUUCACUUCAGAUGAGGAGGAGGAGGAUGACUGUAACAGUGAGUUUGCUGACAGCACUGAGGAAGACGAGAACUGCAGACUAACAGCUCAGUCUUUGGCUGUUAUGCAGGCCUAUGAGCACCAUGGAGGACCUGCGGCCAGGCCGCUAUCCCAGGAUACUGCCGUGAUGGAGGGUCAGGGUCUGGCGGAAGUGAAGCUACUGGUGGAGCAGAAGAGGGCGGUGGAGCGAGAGCUGUGGGAGCUUAAGGCUCAGCUGGAGAAAGCUGGUUUCUCCUCUUUCUCUCAGAUGAGGAAAGCACUGUUCAGCCUGCGCUCUGAGAAUGAGGAGCUCAGGAGCUUGGUGAGAGAGAGAGGCUCUGAGGAAAGUGGACGUGGAGCCUCAGAGGAGGGUAAGAGAGAGCUUGAGGAGAAACCUGGUGAAGAACCUUCAGAUCCCACAAGAAAACCUUGCACACCUCGUGCUCAAGUCCGUAAGGGUGAUAAAAAACCCUCCAGACCACUCUCUCUGGACCUGCAAUCACUGCUCUCCCACUCUUUACAGGUAGAGAGUGUAUCUAGAGAAGUCCCACUGAGUCCAGUGGAAGCUGGACUGAGGGAGUGUACGGUGCGUCUGAAGUCGGACCUGGAGCAGGUGCAGCAGGAGAGCCGUGAGCUGCAGGAGAGACUGAUGGUGUCGGAGGCCACAGUGCAGGCCCAGGCUGAGCAGCUUAAAGACUACAGAGAACUGCUCACGGAGACGUCGGUGCAGCAGGACAGUAAGCAGGUACAGGUGGACCUGCAGGAUCUGGGCUACGAGACAUGCGGCCGCAGUGAGAAUGAGGCAGAGAGAGACGACACCAGUAGCCCAGAAUUUGACGAUCUGGAGCUGUGCACCUCUCUCUCCUACCGGGACGGUGCCUCCCAAUGGUGGUCCGGAGCGGCUUCUGCGGGCCGAGCAGAAGGCGAUGUGGCGUUUCUUCAGCAGCUGGUGGAGGAUCUUCGGGGGCAGCUGUCCCGCUCGCAGGCACUGGUACGCAGCCUACAGACUCGCGUCGGGGACACCGCACCCACAUCAACGCCCCGAAAAGUCAACUGGGGUUUGGAGAGCGGGGCUGAGGAGGACGAGGGCUGGCAGUCAUCAGACGGCUGCGGCUCACUGCCCCGCCGUCCCCGCCCUGACACGGAGCUGCAGGAGCUGGUGGCCCGCGUGUCUUCUCUGGAGGAGCAGCUGAGGAAAGGCAAAGGGAACACAGAGGAAACCAAAAGCAGUACCUGGCCUGGUAAGUUUGACGCGCUGAUCCAGGCUCAGGCACGGGAGCUGUCUCACCUGCGGCAGCGGAUGCGAGAGGGCCGAGGGGUGUGCCACAUUCUGACCCAGCACCUGGGGGACACCACUAAGACCUUCGAAGAGCUUCUGCGGGCCAACGACAUCGACUACUACAUGGGCCAGAGCUUUAGAGAACAACUCGCUCAGAGCUCCUCACUGGCUCAGAGAGUGGCAGCCAAGAUCAGCAGCCGAGAUCACUCUGAACUCCCAGAAGACAAGACAGGUCAUGAGCUGCUUGCAAUCCGGUUGAGUAAAGAGCUCCAGCAGAAGGACAAGCUGAUAGAGUCACUGCGCUCCAAACUGGACCAGCAGCAGUCCCGCCCAGAUACACCUACCAGCAGUCACGCCCUCUCAGAGGCCACUGACCAAUCAGAGCACACGUCCUUCAUUUCUGAUGAACAGGGCUCCACCAAUGAGGAUCUGGAGUUGUGCUCAGAACUGGAUGCUGCCAGUGAGUUCGGCCAAGUGGAGGCAGCCGAGAGGAGCACUGCUGGCUCUCACUGUAUGCAGGGUGCCGCUCCAUCUCAUGCAUCCAUCUCAUCAUCCCUCACUUCUUCACAUGGCCACCAGUCCUCCAACAGCUGUCCCAGCAUGCACUGCACCCCUCAUAGGCCAGUGCACACAGGGCUCUGUGCUGGACCUGUGUCCAGUCCUGUCCCCUUUCCCCAGACCCCCCACUGUCACCCCAGCCUCACUGCUCAGAUGGCCUCCACGCCAUUUGACCCCCAAACCCAACAUCUAAGACCCCGUUAUCACAGCGCUGGGGGCUUCUCCCUGGCUGAAGUGCACCAGGAGCUGCAGAUGCUGCAGAGGCAGCUCGGCAACAGCUUUAGUGGUGCUCAGGUCAAACCCCUGUCAAGUUAUCCACUGGGCACAAACCCUCAGACUGACCCCAGCAGCUUCCACCUGCUGUCCCAGCAAGCCUUUCACCAGUCUCCGCUUGCCAGCCUGAAUGCCAGCCCCGCUCUGAAAUCAGGAGCCGGACUCCUGGAGAACAGUGCAUUGUGGGAUAUGACAUAUGGGUCUCAACCCAUGAGGGAAGGUGCAUAUGGUGAUGUUUCCUCAGGCUCGUCAGGGUAUCAGUCUGGUGCCAGGCACACAGGAACAGAUUUGAUGGAGGAGCACCUGAGGGAGAUUCGCAGUCUCCGUCAGCGUCUAGAAGAUUCCAUUCAUACCAACGAUCGUCUGAGGCAGCAACUGGAGGACAGACUGGCUUCUAUGGCACGAGAUGGAGGAGGUGCCCCUACAAACAUCUACAUUCAGGGCUUGGAUUCGGUCAGUCAGCUCUCUAAUGAGGUUCGACUUCUGAAGGAGGACAAUCACGCUCUCCAGAGUCAGCUUCAACAGGCCAGAAGAGAAAGCAUGAAAGAGGUGGAGCAGUUGCGAGAGGCGGUCCUGUCAGGCCGUGGCAGGUUGAAGCAGGCGGAGCUGGAGGCGGAGAGGUGGGCGGAGCAGUGCAGGCGACUGCAGGUGCAGAUGCAAGAGCAGGCGCAGGCGACUCUGCAGUUAAAGCAGGAAAGACAGAGUAGCCAGGAGAACGCCAACAGGCUCCAGCAUGAGGUUAAUGUUCUCCAGCAACAGCUGAGUGAGAGCAGACGACUCGUGCAUACACUACAGUGUGAACUGCAGGUGUACCAGAGAAUGUGUGGUCCUGCCAAAAGUCUCAACACAGGACCUGGGCAGAGAUUGGCUUUUGAUUUGAAGGAGCCACAGUCUCACAUGCGCUUGCUGGAGCAGCAGCUAAGUGAUAGGCUGGACCCCAACAUGUCCCAUUCUUCUGUUAGGAAACAACUCUUCCACGAUCCGUCUCCCUCUCCUCCUGUUCGAGACACGGGACUCUUCAGCCCGGCUUCACCUGUUUCUGCUGAACCAGAUGUCCUUCAGUCUUCUGCUAGCGACUCAGCCAAGUCUUGCACAGGAAGCCACGGAGAGAGCGAGGUUCCUGACGGCUCCUUCGCCUGCAGAAAAGGGCGUCACGUUGUGGGCCACGUAGAUGAUUUCAGCGCCCUGCAGCAGCAGCUUCUGGAGGCCAAGGUGCUCAUUCGCAAGAUGGAGGCUGCACUCCAGUCCAGCACGGAGGUCGGCCUACAGGAGGGAUGUGUGAAGAGCUUGCUGACUAACACUAAAACCUUGAAGCAGAUUUUAGAAGCGACAUCCUCUGUCCUCAAAAUGUUCUGGAGGGCAGCUCUCCCCAGCGCUGAGGCCACCACACAGCAGCUUCAAAAGGAACAGACUCUGAGAGAGGAAGUUUUCUCGCUGAGACGCAAACUGUCUGAACAGGACCAGGCUCUAAGGGACUCUAUGGAGACUCUGAGAAGCUCCAACCGCACCAAGGACAGCAUGGAGCAGUUCAUCGUCAACCAAUUGUCCAGAACGCGAGACGUGCUGAAAAAGGCUCGCACAAACCUAGAGAAGAACGAGCUCAGGAUCUCCUCUUUAAGCUGCUCCUUUUCUCCUCCCUCUCCUCAGUCCUUCUCCUGUACUCCUCCCUGGGCUGUUAGAGGUGAGGUCCCAGCCACCGUCUGCAGCUCCUCUCGUGGUGGAAGUAUUAUGACCUCUCCUGCCCAGGGACACAACCGAGCUCUGUCUGUCCCACUGCCAGCACAGUGCUUUGGCACACGGCGCCCUCUAGAUGCGUUCUCCAGUAAUGCACUCUCAGGAUUCAGCACUGCUGUGUCUCCACUGUGCUGAUAGAACUCAAAGCUCCGUUAUGAGACGCCAGAAGCUUUAUGAAUGUCAGAGGCUGUUUGGCUCAGGGGUCACAAGUCCAGCUGUCAUAACUGGAUUCUGAUGUCUGAUGUCGUGCUAGCUCUUCUAGCGUGGUGUCCUAUAGGACCAUAUUGUCACUCUCAUUAUGUAACCUCUAAUCUCCAGAGUACUUCAGAACCAUUUCUGUUGUUCCAUGCAUCAUAAAAUGUUCACACAAUGUAAAAGACUGCAGGUGUAAAAAAAACAAACAAAAAAAAAUAAUAGGGGUUAUGAGGUUUUGACAUGACAGUGACAAUACGCAUGGUCUAUAAAAGGCUGCUGACUUAAGGUGAAUGAAAGAAUAUACCAGCUGUACUUGCAGAAAAGCCAUAAACAAACAGAGCAGGUGGUCUCAUCUGUCAUCUGCGCCUGUAUAGUUCAUGCCAACCUUACUAUGUUUUGCUGUUCAUAAGCAUGCAGUGCCAUUGUUGUACAUGACGUUGUCCUAAUAUGUUACUACUUGAGUUUUAGGCAUGAGUUGGUCAAGGCAUUAGACACCAACAUCGUCCUGGUUCAAGUUCUGUUACGACGUUUAUGAGAAACCAGCAAUGGCGAGCGUGUGCAAUAAAACACUACUGACCUGUUACACUGUAACCAUGACAACGAGCAAUAGUGCAAUGCUGUUAUGUAUGAUUGAGAAAGAGAAAAGCAGUUGCUUACUUUCAAACACUGUAGCCCUGAAAAGGGUAAAAAAGACAAAAAGAGGAAAUGCGUCACUGCCAAAGCUAGACCCCUCCCACAUCUCGCAGAUAAGCUGGAGGGUAUUAUACGGCAGUAUUUCACAGUCCUGGUCCUGAAGUGCAGCAGUGGCUUCCCUGGCUCACCCUACAAAACUGCACCAGCACUCGAGGACCAGGACUAAUCAAUGUUAGCGGAGCUGUACUUUACAUUUUGACCCUUUUGUAUUGUUACUAUUGGAAAAUAAUGCUAGAACUUUUUAAUGUUUGGUCCAAAAAUGGUAGUCAUGUUCUUUAUUACUAGCUGUUGUAUUAUUGGUACUUUUUGGUAACGGACCAGCUUUUUUGUUUCUUUAUUUUCUUUUCUUUUUGACCCAACACCUGUAAAUUCAUUUUAAUAGAGAAGAAACGUAUGUACUGACAUACUAGAUUUGCUACUCGACAAUCAAUCUGUCAAAUUUGUUGGUCAUAACACUGUAGAAUGCGGGUCUGUUUUACUCACUACAGCUGUUCAGUAUUUCGUUAAGCAUGCAGUAGACUUCAGGUAUUGCUUUCACAUGUACAAACCUAUCAUGUGCCAUGUUAUAUGCUUAGUAUAUUUGACCCGCUGAAAGGCUGAAUCCAAAAUGAAUCCCCCCCCUGCAUGACUGGAUGGCAGGAGCCGAUAGCUUUACAUUCUGUCUAAUGAACUGUAACUUUACAUAGAGCAAAUUUAUAGGAUUCAGCUUAAGUUAUAGUUUUCAGCUUUGAAUACUUCCAGUGUUACACUCAAACAGCGAGAAGCUACGGCCAGUUCUUUCCAUACUGGAUCUGACAAGUGCUAGAAUCCCUUUAGACAAUCAUGUUUUAUGAACAUUUGAAAUCCUUUUUAAGCAAAAAUAAAAGCUACUAAACAGACCAAAGCGUGAGACAAAUCAAGUGCACAGUUAUGAUACUGAAGCACUUCAAGUCACGAGUGAGCAAUAUUGUUACAGGGCCCACAAAUAAAUGAUCAUAUAUAUUAGAAACAGUCAGUAUUAAUGUGGAAAGUGAGGAGAAAGAGUUGAUAGUUUUUGUCUCUGUGCUGUUACUGUUAUUCAGGGUUCAGACUGUCUAUGCAUGUGAGCUUUGGGAAAAGGGAUGUGCGUAGAGGGUACGGACGGUUAUUUUAAUAAAAGGGAAGUUGACAAGUA